CAGAACGGGAAAAUAAAUACUUUUGUUAAUUAAAUAAAAGAAAUGAAAUGUUUAUUUAUUUUGUUUGGGGAGAGAGCAAGUUCUAAGAGAGAUAAAGGGGAACUCUUAUAGAUUUUGCUCUCAAAGCCAAAGCCAAAGCUCCCUCGCUCUGAUUUGCGGACAAAAUCCAAAGGACUAAUAAACAGCCUAUAGAGAAACAGGAGGAGAUAAAAGAGUCAAACGAAAAAACAGCAACAGCAAAUCAAAUGAACAAGUGAGGAAAGAAAAAGAAAAAGAGUGAGCUAGUGUAGUAAUUGUUUGGCAAAAAGAGAUUCAUUUGAAUUCUUUUUUCCUUGCUAAUCUUCUCCUUAUCCAAUCAAUAAAUUCGUUAAUCUUGACUGCGUUUAUUUCGGCGGGGGUGAUGAAACUUUUGGUUGUUACAGUGAUUUGAAAAUUCCCAUUGUUAUUUUGGGGAUUUUCCUGUCCCAAAUCAGGAGGGGGACAAAAGAGUCAUGUUGGAGGACCGGUGCUGCGAGUCCUGUUUAGUGUUUGCAAGCUCUUGUCAACAAGGAAGAAAGUGGGCUUACAUGUACGAUGGGAAGCGCCCACUGGAAUUCACUGGUUCAGAUGGUGAUCGGGAAACCAAGUUGUGUAAGCUCUCUUCUGAUGAUUCUUCCAGUGACGAUAGUUAUAAUCCCAACACUUCUUCCCCACAAGAUUCAGGUGACCUUGUCUUGCCGGAUUCGCCUGACCAAUCGGAUGAUGGUAGUAAGAGAUCCGAUUCUUCCACAGAUAUGGAUUCUUCACUUAUCCACCACUGUCCUAUUGGUCUAGGCAAACCGGAUUUGGACAGCCAAUCAGACAAUGACAGCCUGUCAGAUUUCGUGGUGGAGUCGCUGGAGGAGCAAUCUGAGGAUGAUCACGACGAUAAUGAUGAUAAUGGCUUCUCUUAUUCUCUAGAGGAAGGUGGUCGUCACAUACAUGCUGGGGGAUCUUCAUCUGACUUGGAUGCAUUAGUUCAACCAAUUGAGCAGGAUAAUGAUGAUAACGGCUUCUUUAAUUCUCCAGAGGAGGAUGGUCACAGUAGACAUGCUGGGGGAUCUUCAUCUGACUUGGAUGCAUUAGUUCAACCAAUUGGGCAGGAUAAUGAUGAUAACGGCUUCUUUAAUUCUCCAGAGGAGGAUGGUCACAGUAGACAUGCUGGGGAUUCUUCAUCUGGCUCAGACGCAUUAAUCCAAUCAAUAGGGCGAGAUAACUCCAUCAGUUGUCUGAUUAAGUGCUCGAGGUCUGAUUAUGGUUCCAUUGCCAUGUUGAAUUGGAGUUUUCGAUCCUUGAUCAGGAGUGGAGAGAUCUAUAAGUUGAGGAGGCAGAACGGCGUUGUUGAGCAUUGGGUUUACUUUUCUUGUCACCUCCUUCAAUGGGAGGCAUUUGAUCCUAUUAGACAUAGGUGGAUGCAUUUGCCAAGGAUGCCUCCCAAUGAAUGUUUUACCUUUUCAGAUAAGGAAUCAUUGGCUGUGGGAACUGAGUUGCUUGUCUUCGGGAAGGAGGUAACUUCUCAGGUUAUAUAUAGAUAUAGUAUUUUAACAAAUUCGUGGACUUCUGGGACCAGUAUGAAUGCUCCGAGGUGCUUGUUUGGAUCAGCUAGUCUUGGAGAGAUUGCUAUUUUAGCUGGUGGUUGUGAUUCUCAGGGUAAGAUCCUGAGCUGUGCAGAAAUGUACAAUUCUGAGACUCAGAAAUGGGAGACUUUGCCAAGCAUGAAUAAGCCAAGGAAGAUGUGUAGUGGGGUAUUUAUGGAUAAGAAAUUUUAUGUGAUCGGAGGAAUAGGUGGAGUUGGGAAUGAUCUUCGGGUUCUCACUUGUGGCGAGGAGUAUGAUUUAGAGACAAAAAAGUGGACUGAAAUUCCUAACAUGUCUCCUGGAAGGAAUGGAGCUGCGGCUGAGAUGGCUGCAGCAGCUGUGGCACCUCCUCUGGUUGCAGUAGUUAAUAAUGAACUGUAUGCUGCUGAUCAUGCUGACAUGGAGGUGAGGAAGUAUGAUAAGGAAGCUAACUCAUGGUUGACUAUUGGAAGAUUGCCUGAAAGGGCAGUUUCAAUGAACGGUUGGGGUCUUGCUUUCAGAGCAAGUGGAGAUCGCCUUAUAGUGAUUGGUGGCCCUAGGGCUUUGGGUGAAGGUUUUAUUGAGCUCAAUUCUUGGGUUCCGAGUGAAGGCCCUCCACAAUGGAACUUGCUUGCCAGAAAACAGUUGGGUAACUUUGUGUAUAAUUGUGCUGUGAUGGGGUGCUGAGAGAUGGAUUUUGGUGGCAUCUUGUGCAGUUGAACUCUGUUGCACUGCCACCAGGGUUUUCAUGGUUGUUUUUUUUCCUUCAACACAGAACUCCAAAUUAUACUAGUGGUAAUUUCCCCUUCUUUCAUUUUUACAUCUGUUCCCUUUGGGAUGGGAGAUGAUGAGGAAGAGUUUCAGAUAACUCAAGAUUCAACAGAACGUUUUAUUGAUAGGAUGUCUUGAGUUUUUAUUUC